UCUCAUACGCUCGGCCGUCAAACCACGCUUGUUCAUCCGCUGACGUAAAUGUUGGUCAAGCAGAUGAACCAGAACCAGGAAAGCCUCAAGAAUCGCCUGUCUAAAAACUUAUAUACUUUGUCUCCCCAAAUUUCGCUUGAGCCAUAACACAGACGGACGGCAAAAUCGAGGGAAAUUUUGGCAGCCAGCAAGAGAGAAUGUGAAAGUAUGGGUGAUAGACAGGUUGUCAAAACGGAUGGUUGGCGGGAGCAUGGCAGGUUUGCUUUCCCACUCAGUUCGUGACUAAUGGGAGGGGUGCAAUCUAAGGUUAUCUUAGCGUUUAAGCCCUCCCGUGCUUUCGAAUUCGGUGUGGUAGGGGUUUGAAUAGAGAUCUAAGCCGGAUAACGUAUCCAUAGUUUAUCCGACUGACCAAUUGUCGCUGGCAAAAACAGCUCCGACUUUUUAUUUUCUAAGCAACGGCACAGAUAGAUAGUGAACGAGGCACAAGGUAGCAGGUUGACAAUCAAUGCGCAACCAGUCCAACGACGGCUAGCAAAACCACUCCGCCAGUACUUCAGACCUCCAGCCGAGAAAUCACCAUCGACUUCGAAGCAUCAAAACAGGCGGAAGCCUUCCGAGCAUAACCCCACCGUACACCAACCAGCUCCAUCUGUCGUCGCCCAUCAUGUCAAACCAGGUCAUAGCAGCAGCGCGCCAAGUUGUCCGUGAGCUACACGGCGUCGUGGUGAGCGCCGGCCUCAUGCAAAAGACUGUCAAAGUGCGCGUGGGCGGUCAGCAAUGGAAGCAGGCGGUUCAAAAGAUGUUCACAAAGCCCAAGGACUACCUUGUCCAUGACCCAAACUCCUCCCUCCGCACAGGCGACGUCGUUUCAAUUGUUCCCGGAUGGAGGACAUCUCCCUUGAAGCGCCACGUCGUCAAGAGCAUCAUUGCACCCCAUGGCAUACCCAUCUCAGAGCGGCCACCGAUCCCGUCAGAGGAAGAGAGAAUCUCAGCCAAGAUACAGAAGAGAGAGGCAAAGGUUGCCAGACGAACUACAAGGAAAAAGGAGGGCUCCUCCCUAACAGAGGUCCCCGUUCAAGCUUGAACUCGGCUGCCGAGAGACUGGCCAAAUGGGCGCCGGAAACAAAUUAAACACCAUGCGUACAUCAAAAGGGAAUGCCACGCUGUAUAACAGGAGGAAAAACAGUGUUCUUUGGCUUGUGAGCAGUGUCUUCUCAAAGAAUAGUGCCUGCAUCCAAACAUUUAGCUUCAGACGCAAGUGCUGAAAUUUUCAAGGUUGCCAAUGUUUUGUUCAUUGUAUUAAUAUCAUACCAGCUUGACAAUAUCAUGCUUCUGAUCAAAGCAAAAUAGACUUUCCCUUUCCUCUACUAGACAGCGGGAGAACCUUGAAAAGCCCCUUUCUCGUUCCAAUGUCAAUUAUGCGCUUCUGGAGGGUAUCAAGCUAACCUACGCUCUCUAUGCGGACCCCUUGCUGUGGUACACGAGCCAUCCGAAACCUCCCCAGCU